AUGAAACAGAGUGGUGUGGGAAGGCGCGCGUUGAGUACGGUGAAGAAAGGUUCGGGGUCCCGAUUGGAGUACAAUGGAGACGGCAGGAGUAUGUUUCGACGGUUGCCGAAAGUUCCGAUGACCAAGUAUUUGGAGACAAGGGAGCUUGCGAAGGAUAUUUUGUACAGUGGGUACCGCCCAGUGAUGUACCCUGUUAGAGAAAACCCACUGUUCAGGAACAGUAACAAGUUGAUGGCGAUCAGCCAUCCGGAGCAUGACACUGAGGGGACCGAGGGGACGCAUCGGGAUUCUCAAACGGUAAACACUGAGUUGUUCGGGAACAAUAACUGUGGUGGGAUAAACACGUUAGGUUGCAACGGUACGUGGAAGUAUGCACCAAAGAUACCGCAGAAGAUGCUGCCCUUCAACUGGUGGAGUGCAUCGAGUUUAGCAAUGGAGGUGUAUCCAGAAUGGUCUAGUGUACCCAAACAUGUGGUCAAAGGGUUGAAACCAUUUGAUUUGUUGCUGGGUGUUAAGGCAACGCAGAAGAAAUAG